CGCAAAAAAGCAAUUUUUUUAAUUAAUUAAUUUUUUUAAUUUCAAAAACCCUUCCGGGAAGAACUCGAGACAGGCUAUCUUCUCUGGUUGUCGCUCUCCGCCUCCUUCGCUCGCGGAUUCUGCCGUGCAUUUGCAGGGAUGGCUGAAAUAGCGACGGUUUCGGAGCGUUGAUAUGGGCCAUCGUGAAGAAAAGCAACUCCUUUCUGGUGAAGGAGUUCGGGAACGGCACCGCGAGAGUGCACUUCAGCAAGAACAGAAACAAACUCUACAGCCCCAAACCCUGCAGGAAUUCUGUCCUUGGUCAGAAAGAUUUCAGUCAUUCCCCGUUUGAAUGUCAGGCAGAACCAAUGAAUGCGCCAAUUCAAGAUACCAGAGAUCUGAGACCGCAAAACGCUGAAAAUAAUGUCACAGAUGUGGAUGGUUUUAGACAUCAAGUUGAUGAAAUAUUUUCCAAAGUUGAUAAGCUUGAGCAAAGGUUGAAUGAGGUUGAACAAUUUUAUUCAACUACAAGUAAAAAGCAAUCGAAUGGUUCCAAAGGCAGCUCAAUUAUGAAGGGCAGAGAGAAAGAGAAAAAUAUUCUGGGUAUUAAAAGGCAGCAGCAGGAUGCAUCACAAAGGGAGGCAGCUGCUGCAAAGAGAAUGCAAGAGCUUAUGCGCCAGUUUGCCACAAUAUUCCGUCAGAUCACCCAGCACAAGUGGGCAUGGCCUUUUAUGCAGCCUGUAGAUGUCAAAGGUCUUGGUUUGCACGACUACUAUGAGGUUAUUGAGAAGCCAAUGGACUUCGGUACCAUAAAAAAUCAAAUGGAGGCCAAGGAUGGUACUGGAUAUAAAAAUGUUCGGGAGAUAUUUGCUGAUGUGAGGCUGGUUUUCAAGAAUGCUAUGAAAUAUAAUGAUGAUAGGAGUGAUGUUCAUGUAAUGGCUGAUACUUUGAUGAAAAAACUUGAGGAAAAAUGGCUGCAAUUUUUGCCUAAAGUAGCUGAAGAGGAAAAAAGACUGGAAGAGGAGGAAGCAGAGACGCAGUUGGAAAUGCAGCUUGGUCAGGAGGCUGCUCAUGCCAAAAUGGCAAGGGAUAUAAGUAAUGAGCUUUAUGACAUUGAUAUGCAUUUGGAAGAACUUCGAGAAAUGGUGGUUCAGGAGUGCAGAAAAAUGUCUACUCAAGAAAAAAGAAAACUCGGGGCAGCUCUCACCCAACUUUCUCCCGAAGAUCUCACCAAGGCACUGGAGAUUGUUGCUCAAAACAACCCAAGUUUCCUAGCAGCUGCUGAAGAGGUCUACCUCGACAUUGAUGCUCAGAGUGAAUCGACGUUGUGGAGGUUAAAGGUUUUUGUAAAGAAUGCACUGGCAAUUGGGAAGAGCUCUACAAGCUUGGCUGGGGACAAUGACAACAUCAAUAGCAAUUCCAAAAGAAAAAAGGAAAUUUGUGAUGCUCUUGCCAAGACUGCCAAGAAAAAGAGUAAGAAGCCAUCAUAAUGUUUGAUGUACCAUAGCGUGAUGGAGCUUGAUAUGGAUCAUUAAGCCGCCCUGUUGGUUGCAUUCCCCCUCGAAUAAGCUUUUCUUGGAAAAAAAGUAGGGCAGAGAUGCAUGAAAGUUAUUUUUUCUCUUUGAUAAAUGUACUGUUGCUAGUAGCAAGCCAGCCAACUCCAACUAGUAGAAUUGUGGUUGUGUAUACCAUUGCUACAAUUGAAAGAGGCAACCCUUCUCCUCUCAUAUUUGCCACUAUAAUAUAUAUACCACAUUUGGAAA